UGGAAAGCCAAUCACGUUCUUGCUUGGUUGGAGUUUGAGAUGAACAUGAGAUGCUAUUCCAGCAAUUGUAGAGAAAAUAUAAAAAGUGGGAAGGUCUUACUAUCAAUGACGGACCAGGAACUCAGCACAUCCCUGAAUCUUCUAUCCCCAAUGCACAAAAGAAAACUCAGAGUAGCCAUUGAGAGACUGAGGAGCCCACUAAAUAUACUUGAUAACCACCAACACAGCAAAUAUCCAAUGAUGGAUCGACUAACAACCACGUGGAUAUGUUCAAGAUGGCUGACAGACAUCGGCCUGCCUCAGUACGUUUCAAUUUUUGAGGCGCAUCUAAUUGACGGACGUGUCUUGAACUCGCUGACGGCGAAAGAUCUGGAGAAGAAGAUGGCGAUGACGACGAGAACCCACGUCACGAGUGUGCUGACCGCUGUUCAACUGCUCACUAUGCUGGAGUACGAUCAUCAACAUCAACAACAACAUCAACAACAACAUCAACAACAACGUCAACAAGAUUGCUUGUACUGGACGAAUGAUGACGUCAUUAAGUGGAUUGAUUCGAUUGAUCUGCAAGAGUACUCGUGCAAUCUGAAACAGUCAGGCGUGCACGGAGCUCUUAUUGUUCUAGAUCAAAAAUUCAACGCUGAGUUGCUGGCUGCCGAGUUGGGCAUCCUAUCAGAUAAGACCUACCUCAUCAGACAUCUUGCCGUAGAGCUGCAGUGUCUUCUGCAACAAACUGCUAGGUUGGCUGUUUGGCUGAUAUGUUGA